AUGCCUCAGUACAGAAAGAAAAAGGUCACAAGUCGAGAGUCUUACCCCACUCGCCGUCCGCGCUCGCAAGGUCUAGAGCAGGACAAGGAUGGUGAUGCCGCUAUGUUGAAAAUGCUCCUCAACGCACAAUUCAAUAUUCUUACAUGGCUUUCCGAUACGCUUGCCAUGGAUGAGGAGGAGACUGUCGCCUACGCCAAGGAGAUAGUCAACCUCGAAGGCGCCGGAGAGAUUCGAGUUCCUAGAGGCCAACUCCGGAACCGACUUGUAUAA